CGCCCUUUAGCCCGCCCCGACCGGAAGAAGCCGGGACACAAGGCACUUAUAGGGCUGGAAAUGGGGGUGUCGCCGCCGCCCAGUCAGCUCCGUGUCCACCGAUCCUCCGCCGGUGCCGCGCUGUCGUCGCGGCGCCCCAGUCCAGCCCUCUGUCCGCGCGGUCUCCAACACCGAUCGGCGGGGCCCAGAGUCAGGGCCACGUCCCCACCAUGCCGGCCCGGUGGCUGUUGCUCCUGCUGGCGCUGCUGCUAUUGCCACCCGGUCCCGGGAGUUUUGGAAGAGCCAGCACAGUAACACUGCCUGAAGCCUUGUUAUUUGUUUCCACCCUGGACGGAAGUUUGCAUGCUGUCAGCAAGAGGACAGGCUCCAUCAAGUGGACUUUAAAAGAAGAUCCAGUCCUGCAGGUCCCAACACACGUGGAAGAGCCUGCUUUCCUCCCAGACCCCAAUGAUGGCAGUCUGUACACACUUGGAGGCAAGAACAAUGAAGGCCUGACGAAACUUCCCUUUACCAUCCCGGAAUUGGUUCAGGCAUCCCCAUGCCGAAGUUCAGAUGGAAUUCUCUACAUGGGUAAGAAGCAAGACAUUUGGUAUGUCAUCGACCUCCUGACUGGCGAGAAGCAGCAGACUUUGUCAUCAGCCUUCGCAGACAGUCUGUGCCCGUCAACUUCCCUUCUGUAUCUUGGACGGACAGAAUACACCAUCACCAUGUAUGACACCAAGACCCGGGAGCUCCGCUGGAAUGCCACCUAUUUUGACUAUGCAGCCUCACUUCCCGAGGAUGACGUGGACUACAAGAUGUCCCACUUUGUGUCCAAUGGCGAUGGACUGGUGGUAACUGUGGACAGUGAAUCUGGGGAUGUCUUGUGGAUCCAAAACUAUGCCUCUCCUGUGGUGGCCUUCUACAUCUGGCAGCGGGAGGGCCUGAGAAAGGUGGUGCACAUCAACGUUGCUGUGGAGACCCUACGCUAUUUGACCUUCAUGUCUGGGGAAGUGGGGCGCAUCACCAAGUGGAAAUAUCCAUUCCCCAAGGAGACAGAGGCCAAGAGCAAACUGACGCCCACUCUGUAUGUGGGGAAGUACUCCACCAGCCUCUAUGCCUCGCCCUCGAUGGUGCACGAGGGGGUCGCUGUUGUGCCUCGAGGCAGCACUCUUCCUUUGCUCGAAGGACCCCAGACAGAUGGUGUCACCAUUGGAGACAAAGGAGAAUGUGUGAUCACUCCCAGCACAGACCUCAAGUUUGACCCUGGACUCAAAGGCAAGAGCAAGCUGAACUACCUGAGGAAUUACUGGCUUCUCAUAGGACACCAUGAAACUCCUCUGUCUGCAUCCACCAAGAUGCUGGAGAGAUUUCCUAACAAUCUUCCCAAACAUCGAGAAAACGUGAUUCCUGCUGAUUCGGAGAAAAGGAGCUUUGAGGAGGUUAUCAACCUAGUUGGCCAGACUUCAGAAAACACACCAACCACUGUGUCUCAGGAUGUAGAAGAGAAGCUGCCCCGUGCCCCCGCCAAGCCAGAGGCCCCCGUGGACUCCAUGCUCAAGGACAUGGCUACUAUUAUCCUGAGCACCUUCCUGCUGGUCGGAUGGGUGGCGUUCAUCAUCACUUACCCCCUGAGCAUGCAUCAGCAGCGCCAGCUCCAGCACCAGCAGUUCCAGAAGGAACUGGAGAAAAUUCAGCUCCUUCAGCAACAGCAGCUGCCCUUCCACCCACACGGAGACCUUACCCAGGACCCUGACUUCCUGGAUUCAUCUGGCCUCUUCUCGGAGAGCUCAGGCACCAGCAGCCCCAGCCCAUCCCCCAGAGCCUCCAACCACUCACUCAACUCUAGCAGCUCUGCCUCCAAGGCUGGCACCAGUCCCUCCCUGGAGCCAGAUGACGAGGAUGAGGAAACCAGAAUGGUGAUUGUUGGGAAAAUCUCAUUCUGCCCCAAGGAUGUCCUGGGCCAUGGAGCUGAGGGCACAAUUGUAUACAAAGGUAUGUUUGACAACCGUGAUGUGGCCGUGAAGAGGAUCCUCCCUGAGUGUUUUAGCUUUGCAGACCGAGAGGUCCAGCUGCUUCGAGAAUCAGACGAGCAUCCGAAUGUGAUCCGCUACUUUUGCACAGAGAAGGACCGGCAGUUCCAGUACAUUGCCAUUGAGCUGUGUGCAGCUACCCUGCAGGAGUAUGUGGAGCAGAAGGACUUCGCCCACCUUGGCCUAGAGCCCAUCACCUUGCUUCAUCAGACCACCUCAGGCCUGGCGCACCUGCAUUCCCUCAACAUUGUUCACAGAGACCUGAAGCCCCACAACAUUCUCCUCUCCAUGCCCAACGCACAUGGCAGGAUCAAGGCGAUGAUCUCAGACUUUGGCCUCUGCAAGAAGCUGGCAGUGGGCAGGCAUAGUUUCAGCCGCCGUUCAGGGGUGCCUGGCACUGAAGGUUGGAUCGCCCCAGAGAUGCUGAGUGAAGACUGCAAGGAGAACCCUACCUACACAGUGGACAUCUUCUCUGCAGGCUGUGUCUUUUACUAUGUCAUCUCUGAGGGCAACCAUCCUUUUGGCAAAUCCUUGCAGCGGCAGGCCAACAUCCUCCUGGGCGCCUGCAGCCUUGACUGCUUCCACUCAGACAAGCACGAGGACGUCAUUGCUCGUGAGUUGAUAGAGAAAAUGAUUGCAAUGGAUCCGCAGCAGCGACCCUCGGCAAAGCACGUGCUAAAACACCCAUUCUUCUGGAGCCUGGAAAAGCAGCUCCAGUUCUUCCAGGAUGUGAGUGACCGAAUAGAAAAGGAGUCCUUGGAUGGCCCGAUCGUGCGGCAGUUGGAGAGAGGCGGGAGAGCUGUGGUUAAGAUGGACUGGCGGGAGAACAUCACUGUCCCCCUGCAGACAGAUCUGCGCAAAUUCAGAACCUAUAAAGGUGGCUCCGUCCGGGAUCUCCUCCGAGCCAUGAGGAAUAAGAGACACCACUACCGGGAGCUCCCUCUGGAGGUUCAGGAGACGCUGGGCUCCAUCCCUGAUGACUUCGUGCGCUACUUCACAUCACGUUUCCCCCACCUCCUCUCUCACACCUACCGAGCCAUGGAACUGUGCAGACAUGAGAGACUUUUCCAGACCUACUACUGGCACGAGCCCACAGAAGCCCAGCCUCCAGGGAUUCCAGAUGCCCUCUGAGCGAGGGCAGCCCUCUGGUCUGGUGGCCCCAACAAGGACCAUGGGCCUGAUCUCUGCGGUCAUAGCUCGUUGCCUCUGGGAUUAGCAGGAAGACUAAGCUUCUCAAACCAAGUGCCUUGAGCUGCUGAUCUGCAGCCAGAAGAGGAGUAUGCUGAUCUAGGAGGCAGGAGCGCCCUCACGACUACAGAGACCUGAGGAGAUGUGGCCCUGAAACCUUGUAGUCAGGGAUGGCUACAGAGGUGGGCCUGUCCCAGGGGCUGCAGAAGGAGCAGCAUCAACCUUUCACUGGAUGAACUCACUUCCACUUUUAUUUCUUUCUAAAAUUCCUGUGAGAUGGCAUUUUGGGGGCCUUUCAGUGAGAGAGUGGAAGAAUCCUGUUUGCCUGCAUGCUAGAAGCAGCCCUAUUGGGUGGGGUACAGCAAGUGCAGCCAGCCUCUGAUAGAGAUGGUUUGAGAGCUGUGGGGUUAAGGAAGAGAUGUUCAGAGGUUGCCAUGGGGAUAGGAGGCACCUCCAAGUUACUGAUGAGCCUGUGUUGCCUCGUGCAGCAGUCGUGAGAGUGGGGCAUGGAGACUACUUAGCAAUGCCCGUGGACACUGGAUAUGUGUCUGUGGUUCUGGAAGAGGAAGCAGACAUUCGGUUCUGGAUGUCCUGCUGGCCCAGCACAAGUGGCCUAAACAGUGGCCCCUGAGAGGUUGAGUCCUGGCCAUGCGGGCCAGAGAUUGAGUUUCCUGGCCACCAGGAAGGCAGCUAAGACCAGACAGGGACAGAGACAGGUUUUCAGGGCCAGAGAGGAGCAACGAGAGGGAACUUCUUAGUCACUCGGAGAAGCUCAGAACCAGAAAGUGAGUGAUAGGGUCCCUCUGCCCCAGAGGCCAGCAGAUUAGCGAAUAGAUUGAGUCAAUGCCUGGAGGCAGAGUACCAAGACCAGGCUAUCAUGGGCUUUUUAGGCCGGCUUUUAGAUUUCCUCCUGGCAGGUUUUAUAAGUGUGUUUUGAUCAGAUUGCAGAAAGCUACGCUCACGUGAGUAAGUCAAAUGUAGCUCGAUGCUUGUGAAGAAGUACAAGAUAGAAUAUCUUCUGUUUUAUGUGGUACCAAAAAUCACCAUUCCCUCGAGAAUGUAGCACAUUGUGAAAUGCUAAAAGUAAGACAUUCUAGCAACACUGUGUAUUAAUGUCAAAAUAAUUACAUCAGUACCGUUUUUCUCUAAAAUUAAUUUUUAAUUUACGUUCCAGUCAGAAUUUAUUGUCUUAGGGAGCCUUAGAGGUUAGCAUGCAGUCAGGGUCUGUGGGGAGAUUCUGUGUAGACUCCCUGUAGCCAGCAGUGGUUUCCGUUGUGUAGUCCUGGUGAGCUAAGGCUCCAUUUUGUUCUGUGCUAAGAGUGGUCUCAGCAGCUUCAUGCCCUGCACUGACUGAGUCACUGCCACUGCGUCCCCUAAAAGCUUCUGGGUGUGCAUGUCAGGGCCACUUACCCAGAGCUUCCUCUGCUACUGUAGAAUUUGAUUUUCUUAACUUUCAUGGUGGUCAAAGAGGACUUUUUCUUAACCUCCUACAUCUUUGGACCUCAUGGGUGACCCUGUUUAGACCCCAUGUCUGGCUUCCUGGCCACUUGUUAGCAUAGCACUUUGUCAAUGGGCCCAGGAGGUAACAGCCAAGACCAGUGUGGAGGGACUGCUGCUUGCCCGUUCCUCAUGGCUAAGUUUCCCGUUGACAAGUGCUGAAGUCUCUUCUAAAGACUCACCUUCGUGUCACCUCCCAGUCUGCCUGGAGUCAGCUUUUCAGUUGUCCUUGCCACUUAUCACUUCUCAGCUCAGUCUCUGACCAAUCAAGUUUCCAGAAGUCCUCUGUUCACCAUGCUCAUUUGAAAACUUUCCGGAGAGCUAGAUGGGAUAUGAGUCACUUGGGAUAUAGAUGAAGGAUACGGGAAAAACUUCUGCCUUUUGAAGCCUCACGAAUCCACGGCACACAAGUGUCAGGGCAGAAAGAAAACUCCAGUGGUUAAGAAGGGUGUAUUUUGGGGUUUGCCCCACUUGUGCCUUAAAACCGUCCCAUCUCAGCUCACCGUGUGUCCUCUAGGUGUACCAUAAAAACCCUGGGCAUCUGGGGUGCUCAGCAGGAGACUGUCUUUCCGCCAGGGCAGCCCCGUAGCAUCAUGCAUGAUCCCAGGAGACUGCCAGGUGUCUACGAGCACAGCAUCUUCAGCUUUGCAAUGGAAUUGAGCCGUUUCUGUGAUGUUAUCUUUGUUUAAACCUUGUCUUGUUUUGAACUUUCAGUUAGGAAGUGUGCCGUUUCAUUAGGUACCAAAGCACUUGCACUUUUAGGAACAUAGGUGCCACAUGGUAAAUCGCUAGGCCAUCUAGAGACUAAAGGUGAACCCCUAAUUGUAAGUAGAGAUAUCCCCUGCUCUUCCCAUGAUGCAAUACAGAGAAGAUGGAGGUCUGAGAUCACUGGAUAUGGCUGAGUGGUUUCCACCAAAUUGAAGAUAGGCCCGAGACGACUCUCCUCGGAGUCACUUGACUGUGGCGGUUUCGUGUGCACGCGAUUCAGGUGGCUGCAGCAGCACCUUUCCCAAAGUCAAGGCUAAUCAGCUGGUGGCUGCUGUGACCGCUGCAGAGCCACCUCUGGCUGCAGGCUCCCCUGUGCUGGCCCUUGCUUGUCAUCUGCAGGGCUUUGGUUCCACUCGCUAGCUGUGCCAGGAUUCUGUCUGCUUCUGGGCCUGCUCUGUGUUCAUCAUUUUUGUCGUCACGGUGCAGAGGUGUCGGAAGAGCUAGAGUGCGAACAAUAGCUACCCUGGAAAGAGCCUCUUGGAUCUUGAAACUCCCCCUGCUCCGUGAUUGGGUUUCCAGCAGUUCUGUCCUUGCCCAUCCCUCAUAUCUGGAAGCCAUGGUGUUGGCCGUCUGGGGCCUAUCAUCAGCUUCACCUGAAGGUUAUCAGACCUCCACCUGAGGUCUGGAUUCUUUCAAGCCAAAGUGCCUGCUCCUCUCCCCCACCCCCGUUCUUACUUUUCAUGGAUGAACUAGAGAAUGUCCGUGUGUAAAUCUGGUUGCUUUCCGCACUUAGGUCUCUUCUGUACUCACUAGAAAGCCGCAGAAGCACAUCUGUGCUGUGUCUCCCUCUGGAGCAGCCUUAUCCACAUUGCUUGCCAGAGUCCUGUGGUGGCCUCUCCUGUUCCCAUGUGUUUGGUGGAUAUAGUAUUCCUUCCCAGUUGUCCCUAAAACUGUGACGGGGGAGUCCCCACUCACUAAGCAUUACCAGCCAGCUAUGUGGCGUCCCCACACAAAGACCUUGUGUAGUUCCUUUUGCAAUGACAUAUUUAUUAAAUCUAUUUAUAUUUAUUUAAUUUUUACUCCGAAGUAUAUCCGGUUACAAUUGCACUUGCUGAAAGCACAUCAGAUCUAUUUUGGACAGUACCCCUGACCAUUCUAAAACUGGAAAAGGAAAAGUUACACUGUAUCCUGCCACCUUAUGGUAGCCUUGUCUUUAAAGGGUGAAUAAUUUGGUCUGGGUAGAAUGUUAAUUUUUGGAUGAUUUUUAAAAAAAAUCUUGUGCCAUGUGUCUUCUCUGUGGACAGUUAAUUGUUUAAUGGAUAUGUGCUGAUUGUGUGAUUCACUCCUCUUUGUGGGAACUAAAAUAUUCUUUUUAGCUUUAUAUUUUAUAAACUGCCAGAUUGUACAAUUUUAUGUGUAUUUUCAAAGCUCAUGAUAUGAGGGUCACUAAGUUAAACGGCCUAUUUUUUUACCUCUUGUACAGUUUUAUAAUUCUGCUCACUGAUGAAGGCGACUUAUGCUGAGCCAGCCACAAAUAAAGGUAGUUUUAGAUUUGGGAA